CUCCCCAGGAGGCCGUUUCGUGGAGACUGACAUGCAACAAGUGGGCUUUGGAUCCAUUCUGUGGUCUUGGGGGUUGCGCAGCUGGUCCCCGGGGUCCUUGGAAAGGCAGAGGGUAAUAGAGUGGGAAUGCAAGGGAGGAAGGGUGACUUCCUUCCAAGAAUGUUUCUGGCACCCAACAAGUGCGGUGCUAGCACUCUGCCACUCUGCAGACCCUUCCAGUCUUUGAGGGCUGUACUUGCGGGCGUGGGCACGGGAGACCCUAAGACGCUGCAGAGCAAAGCCUCCCUCGCUGGCACGGCGCGGGAGCAGGCGCCCCGUGGGACGCGGGAGAGGAUGGGGCAGUCAGGCAAAGGUUAGGGGAGGGAAGCAGAGGCCGAGGUCCAGAACGGCUGGGCUCCGGGAAAUGUUUGUAUUUCUCCACCAGGAGGGAGGACAAACACGCUUUUUUUUCUCGUGCCUUCUGGGCAGCUUUGCGCGCUCUCCAGCACAGAACGCGUCCGAGGAGGAAAGAGCGAAGCUGAAAAUAAAAAUCAUCCUGGGGCUGGACCCGGCAAGUCCUCUGCAGCAUGCAUCUCAUCGGACCCCCGGGCCGCCUCCCAGAAACGACCACUUACGUGAAGCUGCAUGCCUUUCCCAGCCCUGCCUGGCGACAGGCUUUGCCUCUCGGGCAGACUGGCGGCUUGUGACCUGGGCUGCAGAGAAAGGACCUCACCGGGACUCUCGUUUCCUGGCUGGAGUUUCUCUUCUCGGUGCGCAGGCAGCACCCACCCAGCGGGCGGGCCCGCGCCGGUGAUGCAGCUGGACGCGCGGCAGCCCGGCGAGUGGCAGCCGUGGGGUAAGCAUCUGUGCCUCUGCGGGGACUCCGGGGCCGCUAGGCAGUAAGGACACUUGUCCUGCCUCCGCCAUGUACAACGGGUCGUGCUGCCUCAUUGAGGGGGACCCCAUCUCCCAGGUGAUGCCGCCACUGCUCAUUCUGGCCUUCGUGCUGGGCGCCCUGGGCAACGGGCUGGCCCUGUGUGGCUUUUGCUUCCACAUGAAGACCUGGAAGCCGAGCACCAUCUACCUGUUCAACCUGGCCGUGGCCGAUUUCCUCCUCAUCGUCUGCCUGCCCUUUCGGACCGACUACUACCGCAGACGGCGGCACUGGGCGUUCGAGGAUAUUCCCUGCCGGGUGGUGCUGUUCAUGAUGGCCAUGAACAGGGCCGGGAGCAUCGUCUUCCUCACGGUGGUGGCUGUGGACAGGUAUUUCAAGGUGGUGCACCCCCACCACGUGGUGAACGCCAUCUCCAACCGCACGGCGGCCGGCCUCGUCUGCGUCCUGUGGACCGUAGUCAUCCUGGGGACUCUGUAUCUUUUGAUGGAGAGCCACCUGUGCGUGCAAGAGAAGUCCGUGUCUUGUGAGAGCUUCAUUAUGGAGUCCGCCAAUGGCUGGCACGACAUCAUGUUCCAGCUGGAGUUCUUCUUGCCUCUCGGCAUCAUCUUGUUUUGCUCCUUCAAGAUUGUCUGGAGCCUGAAGCAGAGGCAGCAGCUGGCCAGACAGACUCGGAUGAAGAAGGCCAUCCGGUUCAUCAUGGUGGUGGCUGUGGUGUUCGUCACGGGCUACCUGCCCAGCGUGUCGGCCAGGCUGUAUUUCCUCUGGACGGUGCCCUCGAGUGCCUGUGACCCCUCCGUCCACCUAGCCCUGCACGUCACCCUCAGUUUCACCUACAUGAACAGCAUGCUGGACCCCUUGGUGUAUUAUUUUUCAAGUCCCUCCUUCCCCAAAUUCUACACCAAGCUCAAAAUCCGCAAUUUGAGACCCAGGCAGCCAGGACACCCAAAGACACCACGGCCGGAAGAGAUGCCAAUUUCAGACCUCUGUCGUAAGAGUUGCAUCAGCGUGGCAAAUAGUUUCCAAAGCCAGUCUGAUGUUCAGUGGGAUCUCCAAAUGUGUUGAAUGGCACUAAGUAAACUGACCAACCACAUCUAGAAGGACAGAUUGGUGACUUUAGAAUGAAUUCAUGCUAAGGGGUGGGGGGCGUUGGAAACGCCACCAGCCUUUCUGAGCUGUAUCUUCAUGCUGCUGGAAAUGAAAUGCACAUGACUAUACCUUUCUGGAAGGUUCCAGUCGAUCAAAGUGAGUUGGUUGACUGUAUAUGAUCUGAUUACAAGGGUAAGGCACCCUAUGGGCUGCUGGCCAGGGGGUUAGGAAUCGCACAGCCCCUGUCACUUUAAAUGGCUGAGUAAGUAGGAACGAGUGUUUAAAUGGGUCAAGUUCUCUUUCUGGGGUGUGGGGAGUAGAUAAUGAACUUAAAGAGCUAUCAGCAUUUCCUAUCCUCUGACCUUAAAUCAUCACUUGUCUUGCAAAACAGAAACUGGGCUAAGUUAAUACUUUUAUUUCAGACCCAGUGAGGCUCUUUUGACUGGGAUGCCUCGGUCCUGAUGGUUUCAUCUUCAAAGGGACCCAGUAUACAUUUCUUUGUCAUUGUUUUGACUUCCCGGCAGCCCAAGAACAAUAGCCGAACAGUCGGCCCUGACCUUCUUCAAGCUUCACAUUUUUCUGCAAAUCUUUGCUUUUCUAAGAAGGUGCUGAGAGGUAUGUUUACCUGCCCCGGUUUCUCCAGUGGGAUAUGCUGAGUCCAGCAUAACAGCUUUGGCUGCUUGUUAUGUGACUGUGAAUUGGAAUUAUUCACUCAUUUAUCCUCCAAGUGUGCACUGCGUUCGUAUUUGCUGUCAGGCACGAUGCUGGUGUCCUUUCCACCGGGAGGGUCAUUAAUCAACUCUUGUGCGACAGUAACAUUUUUCAGGUGGCAAACAGAGAAGUUGAGGACUUCCCUCCUUUCAUGGAAUGUAGUUUCUAGACCAGUUCUGUGCAAACAUCAGGGUUAUUGUCUUAUUGCAAGGUUGCCUGCCUUAUGCACGAGUUUCCCAGAUAUGUGCCCUCAAAGCUAGAUGACUUUAUGAAAUGACAGGCUGCCCUGCCCUGAAUUUCCAAGUCAACCGACUCCUUUAUCUACACUCUCUCAAAAUUCCCAGGGUCCUCUCCCUACAUUAGGACCCGGCCAUCUUCUAGUCUUCGGCCUCAAAACACCCGUGUAGGCUGUCUCUAUUAUUUCUUUUUUCAGAGACACUGAACAGCCCGGUGACAAAACGUACGGGCUAGAGAGAGUCAGAGGGACCUUAAGUUUGGAUCCCAGCUCUGCCACUUCCCAGAUGUGGGACCUCUGGGCAGAUCUUAUGUAACCACUGUUAGCUUCAACCUCCCUCCUCUGUCAAACAGGGGUAACAUCAGUGCUGACUGCAGAGGGUCGUUGGGUGGAUUCAAUGAAUGUACAACCCUGAAGUGAAAGGAUUCUGUUCACUGUUAUAUCCCGGGUACGUAGACGACACCUGCACAUAGUAGGUACCUAAUAAAUAUUUGUUAGAUGAAUGAAUGAAUAAGUGCAUGUAAAGCAUUAUGCCCUGUGCCUGGCAGUAAAUGCUCAAUAUUAUGGCUCACUAUAUUAAUAUGUUUUACACAUACAGAAACUGAGGCACAGAAGCAAUUUCCUUUGGGGGCUCAGAGCCCCCAAGUAGCUGCUCGGUCACCACGCCUGAAUCCCCCCUCCUCCCUAGCUCCCUGGGCAGGAGUGAAAGCAAACAGUAUAAUCAGCACCAAAGAACCAUAUUUCCUCCCGAUAGAAAUCUGUGAAAACUCACUUCUGCUUUUAAUUCUAUUCUUAGUUACAAUUCUUUCUUGGGCUGUUCCUUUCUUGCUUCAUUGUAAUAAAAAUGGAUUCUGAAAGAAA